AUGGCUGUCACGUACGCCGGCCUGUCGGGGCGGCCGCUGUCCCUAACUAUCUCCACCAUUGCAACGAUGGGCUUUUUGCUCUUCGGCUAUGACCAGGGUGUGAUGUCUGGAAUCAUCAGUGACGUCGCUUUUAACGAUGUUUUUACCGCAACUAAGAAUAACAACACCAUGCAAGCCUUGGUCACGGCCAUUUACGAGUUGGGCUGUCUCUUCGGCGCCAUGUUUGCUCUUGUCGCUGGCGACAAGCUCGGCCGUCGCAAAAUGAUCAUUAUCGGUGCUUCCAUAAUGAUAUUUGGUGUCGUCAUCCAAGUGACAGCCUUUCCUGGCCAUGUUCCGCUUGCCCAGUUCAUGGUUGGUCGAACUAUCACUGGCAUCGGCAACGGUAUGAAUACAUCUACUAUCCCGACAUACCAGGCCGAGUGUUCUAAGACUGCCAACCGGGGACUUCUUAUUUGCAUCGAAGGUGGUGUCAUCGCCAUCGGUACUUUGAUCGCCUACUGGAUCGACUUUGGCGCUCAUUAUGGUCCGCCUGAUCUUGUAUGGCGCUUCCCCAUCGCUUUUCAGAUCUUUUUCGGCAUCAUAAUCAUUGUCGGAAUGUUCUUCUUGCCUGACUCGCCACGCUAUUUGAUCGCCCAGGGCAAGAUGGAGCAAGGUGAACUGGUCCUUGCCGCCCUCAACGGAUGCGAAAUCAACGACCACCAAACUCAGAUCCAGAAACAACUCGUGCUGGACUCGAUCCGCGCAUCUGGCGCCCUGGACCAAACCGUUACCUACAAGGACCUCACCACUGGUGGACGCACUCAGCAUUUGCGCCGCAUGUUGAUCGGAGCUUCGUCUCAAAUGUUCCAGCAGUUGUCCGGUUGUAACGCGGUGAUUUACUAUUUGCCCGUCUUGCUUAAGCAAUCUUUGGGCGAGUCUAAUGACCGAGCCCUGCUCAUCGGUGGCAUCAACAUGAUUUGUUACGCAGUUUUUGCAACUUUCUCGUGGUUCUUUGUCGAGAAGAUUGGCCGACGCAAGUUGUUCCUCGGUGGCAGCUUUGGCCAAUUGGCUGCCAUGACCAUUACCUUUGCUUGUUUAAUUCCCGACAACCCCAAGACAGCUGAUGGUGCUGUAUUCGGCCUCUUCCUCUAUAUGUGUUUCUUCGGGGCUACAUGGCUCCCACUGCCAUGGCUAUACCCAGCGGAAAUUUCCCCCAUUAAGACCAGAGCCAAGGCCAAUGCUGUAUCUACUUGCAGCAACUGGCUGUUCAACUUCACCGUUGUCAUGAUCACUCCUGUCAUGGUCCAGAACAUCAAAUGGGGAACCUAUCUGUUCUUUGCUGCAAUGAAUGCCUGUUUCAUUCCCAUAAUCUGGCUUUUCUACCCCGAGACUGCCGGACGAAGUCUCGAAGAAAUAGAUCUGAUCUUCGCUAAAGGCUUUGUUGAAAAUAAAAGCUAUGUUAACGCUGCGCGGGAGUUGCCUAAGCUCUCCGACGAUGAAGUCGACGCACGAGCUGCUGAAUACGGUCUGGGUAGGGAUACCGACGAGGAGACAGAAAAGCAUGUCGAAGAGAGACAUUCUCCUGGCAUGGAGUCUCACACCGUGACGUAA